UGAUGCGUAGAGUGAUGACGUGUAUUUAAUUAAUAUAUUUUGUAAUUAAAUAUGGUUGAAUUCGAGAUCGUUGAUAAGGAUGAAGCUGAAAAUGUGGAGAAAAAACCGCCAACGGAUAUGGGAAUGGUAAAUUUAGCAUUGGAGGAAUGCGGUUUUGGCAAAUUUCAUAUAAGACUUCUGUUCUCAUCUUUUGUCGGGCACACUGCUGGGGUUAUAGCUACAGCUACUACGCCAUACAUAUUACCAAUAGCUGAGUGUGAUCUUGAUAUGAAUUUGGUGGAAAAGGGAGUGCUUAACGCAAUACCAUAUCUAGGUAUGAUAGCGUCGUGUGUUGUAGCAGGCUUCCUUACGGACACAUUUGGACGCAAGAAGUUCCUAUUAUUAGGCUUCGGGGGUCUAUUUAUAUUCUCAAUUACUUCCGGCCUCAGUCAGACCUAUGAAACUUUGAUAACGUCAAAGUUCUUUGAAGGAUUUUUAUUCGCAAUGUCAUUCAGUCCACUUUUAGCCCUUACAUCAGAAUUCUGUCACCCUGGAAACAGAGAUGUAGUCAUGUUGGUACAAUCGUCUUUUGUCGCUUUAGGACAAGUUAUUCUUGCUCUCAAAUCCUGGGGCAUACUUAGCUUCGAUUGGACCACGACACUUUUUAAUGGAUAUUUCGCGCUUCAUAUAUGGAAUUUCUACUUGCUAAUAUUUUCAACUUGGGCCUUAUUUGCGACAAUACUAUACGCAUUCCUGCCAGAAAGUCCCAAAUAUUUUGUCACGCAACAGCGAUAUGAGGAAGCACGUGACGUUUUGAUUCAAGUAUAUAAAGAAAAUACAGGAAAAUCGGCUGAUAGUUUUAAGUAUAUCGAUUUGUUCAAAGAAAAAACGAAGCGUAUUUCUGAGAACUCAGACGAGACGAGUAUGAAAAGCAAACUAUCUGCCGGUUUUGAAAGUAUUAAACCAGUUUUCCGGAAACCCUUGUUAUUCUAUCUUUUAUUCUUUUGUUCAAUAAACUUCUUUACUAUGCAACAAUAUAACGUUUUAAGAUUAUGGUUCCCUCAACUAUCAACCAUCGUAGAACAUUAUAGAAGAGAUGGUGCAGACUUGUGUGAUAUGCUAGACACUUACACUGGAGAUCUUAGGGAGAGAGCAGCGAACUCUACGUUGAGCGUAGCUGAAUGUGUUCCUGUACGCAGUGGCACUGAAACCUAUAUAAACGCAGUUAUAAUAGGUAUAAUUUCCCUACUUCCCAACGUAAUAACGAGUAUUUUAGUCAAACAUGUUGGAAAAAAGAAUCUUCUUAUAAUUUGCGGUCUGAUAUGUGUGGGUUGUACUGUGGCGUUGCGAUGGGCAAUGUCAAAAACUGAGCUAGUAUCUUUGUAUGCUACUGUCGUGUCUAGUGCGAGAGCGAUGAUAAGUCUGACGCAGACAAUGGUGCUGGAGUAUUUUCCAACUAGUGGCAGAUCGCUAGCGAUUGGCUUUAUAAUGAUGUCUGGUCGUACAGGAACGUUAGUAGGCAAUAUCAUGUUUCCGAUAUUACUCAGUAUGGGAUGUGUUGUGCCCUUCUUUACGUUAGCUGCUCUCUUAAUAGGUAUAACAUCGUUAUCUUUAUUCUUGCCGAAGAAAAAGUGAAUAGCCAGUAAUAUAUUAAACAGUUUUUUUAAACUACAAUCAUCAGCUCCAUCAUCCAGCUCAUAUAAGUUUGUACACAGUAUCGUCAAGUUUGGACAGAAUAUCGAAAUACAGAAGACAAAGGGCAGGUUGGCGAUGACACACUGAAAGCUUUUCAGCCAUAAAAGUUCACCAUUCAUGAACAAUAAAAACGUAAAUGUUACUUUAUAUAGAAUCAUAAAAGUUAGUUACUGAUUGCGUAAUCAACGUGCCAGUCUGUCUUCUAAAGUUUAUUUAAAAAUGAAGUAGUUCAACAAUUAAGUUAAGCGAAUGUUACUCAAUUAUCAAUUUCACCAAGGAAUCAAAUUCAGCAUCUUUGGGCUUCUGCAUCUUCUAUCGCAUUUACCAUGGAGAGUGUUCGGCGGAGUUGUUCGAAAAGAUGCAGCUGAGUUUCAUCAUCGGACGU